AUGGCUAAACACACCAAGAAGAUUGGAAUCAUGGGUAAAUACAGGACCUGCUAUGGUGCCUCCCUCAGGAAAAUGGUGAAGAAAACUGAAAUCAGCCAGCACGCCAAGUACACUUGCUCCUUCUGUGGCAAAAGCAAGAUGAAGAGACGAGCUGAGGGCAUUUGGCAUUGCGGUUCCUGCAUGAAAAUGGUAGCUGGUGGUACCUGGACCUACAACACCACUUCUGCCAUCACAGUAAAAUUUGCCAUCAGAAGACUGAAGGAAUUGAAGGAUCAGAAGUGCCACCAUUUGAAACGUUGCUAG